CGUCAAAGGCAAUUUUCUAACCUAUAUCUUUUGAACUUUUACCCCGUAUUUUGAUUUUUCACAUAGCAAACAAAUGCAAACGAGAGAGUUUCUAUAAUAUUGCCAUUCCAGUGAAUUAAAAAAACCUUCUAAGAUGGAAGAUUUUGUUUGUCCACGAUGUAGAACAUCAAAAUUUCAAAAUCCAUCACUGAAAAUGAUGGUAAAUGUUUGUGGACAUGGACUUUGUGAAAACUGCGUAGAUUUACUUUUCUUGAAGGGUUCAGGGAAUUGUCCAGAAUGUCGAAUCCCUCUACGAAGAAAUAAUUUCAGAAUUCAGUUAUUUGAAGAUGCAACUGUUGAAAAAGAGGUUGAUAUUCGAAAAAGAAUAUUGAGAGAUUUCAACCGAAAGGAGGAAGAUUUUAAGAGUCUAAGGGAAUACAAUGAUUACUUAGAGGAAGUUGAAACCAUUAUUUAUAAUUUAUGUAAUAAUAUAGACGUAAUAGAAACAAAUAAGAAAAUUGAGCAGUAUAAAAAAGAUAACAAAGAUGUGAUCCAAAAGAAUAAAGGCAAAUUAGGUAGAGAUGAAUAUGAGUUAGAAGAGCUUUUGGAACUUGAAAAACAGCAAGAUGAAUUUAGACGUAAAGAAAUAAAAAAUGAAGAAAUUCUUGCAAAGAAAAAGAAGAUUAAAGAUAAGGAGGCAUUAUUGGACGAGUUGAUGUUUUCAAAUACCAAUGCGAAAAAUAUUUUGGAAUCGUUUGCUGAAAAAGCUAAGGAAGAAGAAGUUAAACCACCGCCCCAAAAAAUGACUCAAUUUUCAACUGGAAUUCAAUUUGGUAGACAAAAUCAAUCAAUGUUUCUACCUAUACCAAAUGAUGAAAGCCCAUUGUAUAGCCACAAAACUAUCAGUUAUGAAACUAAAGGUCCAUCUCCACCUAAUGAUCAUGAUAUUAUUUCCAAAGGAUUCCUUAGUAAUGUGAGAUGUGAAGUUGAACAAGAGAGAGCUGGAGGAUUCCAAUCUACAAUCUCAUGUAUGAGAGCAAUCCAAGAUGCUUUGUGUGGAUUGUAUCAUACUAAGAAGCCUCUUGUUCAUACUCAUUGAGUUAUCUAUAUAGGAGAUUUAGUUUAAUUUUUACCUAUAAAUUGUUAUUAUGUUGAAAAAACAAAUAUGGAAUGUGACUUAUUUUACAUAAAUCUGUUCUAAUAUUGGAAAACCAUACAGUUUACUUAUUAGAUAUAGAUUUUUCAAAUAAAUAAAAAUUUCCAAGCUAUUUUCAGAAUAGCACCAAACUAUGUUGAACUUUUGAGUAUUCAACACAAAAUUAAUACUCAAUGGUUAAAGUGACCUCAAGUAGUAAUUUUGGAAUAUAUAUUUUUUCAUUGAUUUCCACUUGUUUCAAAUGAAAUGUUAAACUCUUUCCCCACCAUUGAAUAAUCUGAAACUGUUAUUAAAAUAUACUGAAGA